GUGAAGGCAGCUGAAGGGGCGGGAUUUUUGCGUAAUAGUCCUCGUUGCUACAGGGGAGCUUCCGAACCCAUAUUAGCUCUAAAGAUCCACUUAGUUUCAGGGCCGAACCGAGCGGAACCAUGUCGGGCAGCUGGUGGAACGGUGCCGCGGUGACCCACGGACUGAUGGCUAUGUUCGCCAUGGGUUCCUGGGUUUCCGUCAACGGUCUGUGGGUCGAGCUGCCUGUGGUGGUCCGAGAGCUUCCCGAAGGCUGGAACCUUCCUGCCUACCUCUCAGUGCUUAUCGCCUUUGGGAAUUUGGGUCCAAUUGCAGUGACAGUGACGCACCACUGUGCUCCGGGUCGUCUGAACGAACGUGUCGCCAUAUACUGCAUCCAGGCGCUGGCGGUGGUGGCGUCGUUGUUCUUGGCCAUUUUCUGGUCCCACACGGUAACGAUGGCAGGAACAGAGAGGUCACUUCCCUUCCUUCUCCUCAGCUUUGUCCUAGCGUUGGUCUGCUGUACUUCCACCGUCACCUUCCUGCCAUUCAUGUUCCGGUAUCCUCCUGAGUAUAUCCGGACGUUCUUCAUCGGUCAGGGCUUGAGCGCCUUGUUCCCCUGUAUUGUGGCGUUGGGGCAGGGCGUCAGCAAGCUGGAGUGUAAAACUGAGAAUGGCACAGUGAAGGCGGAGUAUUUGGAGGAGAGAUUUCCCGCCCAGAAUUUUUUCUGGUUCCUGUUUGUAAUGCUGAUCAUCUCAGCUUUGAGCUUCGUGGCUUUAUCACGAAGACAGAUUGAAUCCCAGCAGGACAGAUCGCCCAGAGAGUCCGACAGCGCCGAGGCUUCAAAGAACAGGGAGGAGACGCACCGGCUGUACAACGGAGGAACAUUGGUGUCUGAAGAGCAGGUCCACAUGGUGAAAGAGCUGCCUGCUCAGACAUUUUGGACGUCGCGAAACAUCUAUCUCCUGGCGCUGCUUGCCAUCUCCAACGCCCUCACCAACGGAGUCCUUCCAUCUGUGCAGAGCUUCUCCUGUUUACCAUACAGCAACAUGACCUUUCACCUCUCUGUGGUCCUCGGGAAUAUCGCCAACCCUCUGGCUUGUUUCCUGGCCAUGUUUUUCGUGCUCAGGUCCUCUAUAGGUUUGGGUUCAGUGUCUGUGGUUGCAGGCGUGUUUGCUGCGUAUCUCUUGGCGUUGGCGGCACUCAGCCCAUGUCCGCCGCUCCAGGGAAGCCUCGCUGGAAAAGCUAUAGUGGUCAUCUCCUGGAUUGUCUUCACCGGCCUCUUCUCCUAUCUGAAGGUGGUGAUCGGAACUCUGCUUCACGAAGCGGGUCACGCUGCGCUGCUGUGGUGCGGCAUCUCCAUCCAGGCAGGCUCCCUGAUCGGAGCGCUCACCAUGUUCCCGCUGGUGAACGUCUAUCAGGUGUUCGUCAGAGCCCAGGACUGUGUGAUCCUGGACUCCUGCUAACUGCAGGUUCUUCUUCUUCUUUUCCUCCUCCUGGGACAUGAGGUCCACCCAGAGCGGAGGUGAAAACAUGAACAUUCCUGGACUUAUGGACUGAAAGCACAAACAUGUUUGGUGUUUUAUGGUCAAUCCAUUCAGCUGAAGGUUUUCAGAAGCAGAAAGCUGCUGAUGGAGACCACAUGGAAGCUCUUCAUCAUCACUAACUCCUUCAUCCACACGUUGCUCCUGAUCCUUUCUCCUGAGGAACCAACACCGUCUCACCCCCCCACAGACAGCCAUAGUGUAGGAGCCGCAACGUUCCUUGAUUUCAUGCCGAGAGUCUUUCUGUAUCCCCGGAAAACCGUUCAGUUUUCCUUCUGUUUGAAAAUUUAGCUAAAAUCAGUUUUAUGUUUUGGGAAUUUUGUUUUCCCUUCUGGGAUACGAUGAUGCAGCUCAGCUGUUUGGCCGGACCGACAGCUGAGGUUCACUUCUUCAUUCAGCUCAUCUGUGGUCUGCUGACAGGCAGAAGCAGCAGAUGUCACAUGCAUGUUCACCAGAACUGAGUCAGAACUCUAAAACACCACAGUUCAGUAUAAAAGCAACAGAAAAUUAGCUGACUAGACAACUCAAACUUGCUGUGACUGUUUUCAUUCUGCCUUAAUGACUCCGAGGGUCUACUUCAGUCUGAAUGUGAAGUUCUGACAUCAUCUUGUCGCUCUUUAGGGAAAAAACAUCAGACCUGUGGAACAGUAAAAAUAAAGUCUGCUAAUGAAAGAUGGAUUUCCCUGCAGAAUUUCAUGAAUAAAGUUUGUAAAAAAUGCACUUCAGAAAGAAACCAGCUAAUUUAGUUUUGUAUUUUGGUUGAUGACAUCACAGGAGGCACAGCUGGUAUUUGUAAACAGGAUGGAGAACUUCUGACAGAUUAGGACCAACCUGAAUGAUUUAGAUGUAUGAUCAUGAUGGAUGCUGCUGUGGAUGUCCAGAUAACAGACUGGUGUUAAUGGUAUUAAUGUGUUAGCAUUUGUCGAUCAGACCUGUGCAUAUUCGCAGCUAUUAUCCAGGCAUUAAGUUGGUCUGCUUGCUGAUAAUUUACAGCAGAUGUUGUAGGUGAUACAUCAGUCCUGCAGGAAUCAUUGUCGGCAUUAUAUUUAACAAGCUGGCUCAAGUUUUUAUUAGGAAUGUGGUUAAAAUUAGAGCUGCUUGAUAUUGGAAAUUAUGUCAGGUCUGAUAUCUGCGUAUUCCUGGUCUGACCUUCCAUCACGCUGACCUUCAGCAUUUUGGGCGAAGUCAUCUGUGUCCAGUGUGGACUUCUGCUGCCAUGGGACUCUAAAUAUGAUAUUAGCAUGAACACUUACUGCUACUACUUAUCCAGCAGUUACUGCGCUCCAGUCCUUUGCAAUAUGAAUAUUACUCACAUUGAUGUAAACUUUAGAUAAAGUGAUUUAUAUAAAGAACAAGAACCUUUUAAUGGUUUUAUAAUGGACGGUAACAAUGGGCUAACUGGGCCCUCCACAUGUUCUCACUAAACCAAACAGACCUUCACCGAUCAGUUUUCCCACUGAACUGGCUUUUUCUCGUUGUGAAAUGGUUACUUUAUUUAUUUUGUCUGUCUCUGGGGAGGACCGGCCCAGGUUUAACAUCUAAAUGCACAAACUUCAACGGCUCUACAUGGUUUUUACCCCCUCUGUUUGAUCCUCGUUCUGUAGGAUCUGGUUUUAUGAGUUAGUUACCAGGACCAGCUUCUCUUUCAUUAUCUGUACUUUCAGCCUUGAGGAUUUUUUUAAUUACCAUAAAAUUAGUCCUGCUGCAGUUUUUUAUUUACAGAUCUUUAGUGCCAUGCUUGAAGACGUUCUAAUUCAGAGGGUAAUUCAGGUAACCUAAAAGGUCUAGAUAUUUACAGUAGAACCUCCAAAUACACCUCAACCAUCAGGGAGAUGGUUGAGGUGUUUCCAUUGUGACGUAAGGAACGACAUCAAGAUGUGUUCUCCAUCCUAGCAUAUUCUGCUGACACAGCAACGAGAAAUUGUGGCAUUCCUGGCUUUCCAUAGACCUGCUUGGACGCACUGGCAGACAUUGCAUCACCGUCUGCAAACAGAAUCAGUUCCUUGAUACUUCCUGCUGCCUGUCAGGAAAAGUCUCAUAAAACUGUACAGAGUCGUGCUACAUGUUUGCACACGAUCCAAAAAAUGUGGUCGGUGUUUCUGGAAGUGAGCACCUCUACUGUCUGCUGCUCUGCCUUCAUAUUCAGGAGGUUCCACUGUGGUUCCUGGUCCUUGCAGCUGAGGUUCAGGAACCUUUAACGGUUCAUCACUGAUCAGCAGAGACUUCACACUGUCUCCAGAUCAGUGUUUAUUUUUAAUAGCUUUAUUUCUGGACCCAAAUGAAAAUGUUGAACCCGAGUGUCUGAACAAAGGGGACAUCUGGGAACUCCAGCUGUUGCAGAUGUUUAAUAUGUCCACCCAGCAUGUAAACGGACCCUGAUACAACAACAAAUGGUUCUGGAGUUCUGUAUCCAGGAUGUGAACUUGUGCCUUGUCCUGGUGCUUUAUUAGCCGAGCAGCACCAGAACUCUACAGAUGAAGGAACAUUUUAUUUGAAUUCAGCCUGAUGAGAUGAUUUUGGGUAGAUUUGAUGAUUUUUUUGAAGGUCUUCUGGAUCUAUCGUUAGUGUUAUUAUGUGUAACGUAUAACAUGUACUUGCAAUGAAUUGUGAAGAUAUAAGUGAUGAACAAUAAAGGUGUCCUGAGGGCUCUAAUGAAA